CAACCUGUCAAGUGGAGAGGCUGGGACAAACGUUUCAGCUUCCCCCUGGCUUGGCCACUCAAAGCUCCGGCCCACCAAUUUACACGAAGGUCCGCUAGGGUAUACGUUUUAUGACGCCAGCUGAGAUAAUGUAAUGCAACGCAGUCGUACGAAAAGAGGGACCACCGCACGUAGAGGAUUUAUAUGCACCGAGGCUUGAGUAGCGAUAGAUUACUGGCUAGCUAGCCUAGCUAACCCACCGCAACCCCCCGAGUUUCGUCGGCGUAGCCUCUCCGCUGUGAAGUUCGGGCUGUCAGUCCUGGUCACAGUCACACGUCAGUUUUCGCCGACCACUAUUUUGGAAAUUUGGUUUUAAGAGGGACACAAUGGGUGCAUUUCUGGACAAACCAAAGAUGGAAAAAUAUAAUUCCCAUGGUGAGGGUAACUACCUGAGAUAUGGGCUGAGCAGCAUGCAGGGUUGGCGGGUAGAGAUGGAAGAUGCACACACAGCAGUAAUUGGUCUGCCCCAUGGUCUCGACCUCUGGUCCUUCUUUGCCGUUUAUGACGGGCAUGCUGGCUCUCAGGUGGCCAAGUAUUGCUGUGAGCACCUGUUGGAGCACAUCACCAGCAACUCAGACUUCCAGAGUGCUCUGCAGGAGGACCCCUCUGUGGAAAGCGUGAAGACUGGGAUCCGCACAGGUUUUCUGCAGAUCGAUGAACACAUGCGAACCAUCUCCGAGAAGAAGCACGGUGUGGACCGCAGUGGCUCCACUGCAGUGGGAGUGAUGAUUGCACCAAGCCAUAUCUACUUUAUCAACUGUGGCGACUCAAGGGGGCUCCUCAGUCGUGGUGGAGCUGUGCACUUCUUCACACAAGACCACAAACCCAGCAACCCCUUGGAGAAGGAAAGGAUUCAGAACGCUGGUGGCUCAGUCAUGAUCCAGCGGGUGAAUGGCUCCCUAGCUGUCUCUCGAGCUCUGGGAGACUUCGACUACAAGUGUGUGCAUGGAAAAGGCCAGACGGAGCAGCUUGUUUCUCCUGAACCUGAAGUUUAUGCAAUAGAGAGAUGUGAAGGGGAAGACGAAUUCAUUAUACUAGCUUGUGAUGGCAUCUGGGAUGUCAUGGCCAAUGAGGAACUGUGUGACUUUGUCAGAUCGAGGCUAGAAGUGACAGAUGAUCUUGAAAGAGUCAGCAAUGAAAUUGUUGACACCUGCUUGUAUAAGGGAAGCCGGGACAAUAUGAGUGUUGUGCUAAUCUGCUUUCCCGGAGCCCCAAAGGUAUCACCAGAAGCGGUGAAACGGGAGGCUGAGCUGGAUAAAUAUCUGGAAGCCAGAGUAGAAGAGAUCAUCAAAAAGCAAGGGGAUGAAGGUGUCCCAGAUUUGGUCCAUGUCAUGCGAACAUUAGCAUCUGAGAGCAUCCCUAAUCUCCCUCCUGGAGGAGAGCUGGCAAGCAAACGAAGUGUUAUUGAAGCAGUCUACAACAAACUCAACCCCUACCGAAGUGAUGACACAGACUCUGCGUCCACAGACGACAUGUGGUAACACAACCUCCUACCACUAACACAGCAUAGAGUUUACAAACCACCAUCCUCUCAAGACCCACAGCAGCUCAGCUCAGCAGUCUGUCUCGCCGUCACUCUGAGCUUUUGGUUUCUAAGAAGGGAAUAUCAUGGGAGGAGGAGGAGGAGGAGGAGGAGGAGGAAGAGGAUUUGCAUGCACACAAACCUGGAAUAGUGCUGCACCAGUCCACUCUGGAGUUCAGGAUCCUCACCAUCUUGUCUCCCAUAUAUGUUCACCCACUUAAAAAUACUCUCCUCUAAAGUAAUCCAUAACAAGUGAGUCCGCAAAGUUUUCUUUCUUUUUUUUUUUCUUUUUUUUUGUUAAAUAAUCAGCUUAAGUAGUAAGAUUGUUUUGUUGUUGCUGUAAUUAAUUUGAUUCACAUUUCCUUGUGUGUGUUUGUAUAUUUCUGUUUUUGUGAAGUGCAAUUGUCCUGUACAAACGGCCUGUAUUUAAUGCAGCUUGAUUUUAAGUUAAAAAAUGAAAGAAUUGAAAAAGAGAACCUUUAUGCACUAUCUGCCUUCUCCUGCUCUUCUGGAAUUCUAACAGAUGUCUGUUCAGUGGAUAUUCUCGCUUGUCCUCCAGGCACAAUGUCGCCGCGCUUUUACUUUUCCUUCAUUCUUUUUUUCAGUUAGUCUAUGCUCCUUUUAAAAAAAAAACAAAAAAAAACAAACGGGUAAAUUGUAUAGUCGACAGCACAGUAAGCUCUAUAUCAAUUUAAAUCCUAAUUAUUUGUUUUCCCCUGUGCUUUUUUUAUUGUGUUUUAUUUUUGUACGUGGCUUUCUGUACAUGCUUAAAUAAUAAUUGCAAAGUGUGAAGCAAAACAUUUUCUUUCUUUUUUUUAAAUUUCUUUAUGGCAUCAGAUAAAAAAACAAAAACAACCCUGUUGACAUGUUUGUCUGUGCGGAUGGUUUCUUGCAAGCGUGCGUGGGUGCUUGUGUGUGUGUGUGUGUGUGUAUGUGCGCACGUGUGUUUCGUCUCGCAGCAUAAAUGUACGUGCGACUCUAAUUUAAGUUUGCUGAGGUGGUCGGGACAACAGAUCAGGCUUGGAGUUUAAGGGAAUGACCCCACUGCUCACCCAUUGUCUGCCAUUUAUUAUAUAUAUAUAUAUAUUUUUUUUUUUCCACUCUGCCAGUGUUUUGUAUCGAUUUAAAAUUGUCUCUCACUACUUCUUACUCCACAAAACUUUGGUUAACAGAGUUGACAUGCUGUUAAGCUAUUUGAACAACGUUAAGCUAUAUAUCAGAACUAUACUGUAACCCGAGAUGACACAAGUAGUUAAAUUUUAUGGCUUACUAAGGUUUGUAGCUAUUUAAGUCUUGACUAUUUUACACAUCUAUUGUGUUUGUAUUUUAUGAUCACUUUCUAAACCUCCAUUGUAACAGUACCAGUGCCCACAGUGGGUGCCAUACGAUUCACGAUCACUUACUUCAGCUUUACGACAGCCUAUGCCAAGUUUUAUUUUUCCAUGAGGUCCAGUUUUUGUAUGUGGUACAAACGGAGUUUUAGCUUCCGACGUGAACAGUUCUUAAACUGUUUUUUUUUUUAGGUCGUCGCCUGUUGCUAGGUUGAAAAUGGGAGAACUAUGGACAAUAUUUGGAAGUUCACACCAAGAACAAAUCCUCUAACCUACCAUGAUUUCUCAUGAUUGUAUAGCACUUUUCUUGUUCCCAUCUGGUUUUGCUUUGCUUAAAAAAAAAACAAAAACAAAAACCCUCCCCUGUGCCACCACAACGCCACAGCACAAUACAGUUUGCUGCUAUAGUGUAUGAUCUGUGGGUUCUGUUUUUCAGUUAAUCCCCGCCCCCAUACCCCCCCCUCCUGAAAAGAUGACUAAACCUGUAUCUUAACACACAACCGUAGAUAAAUCUCUUGAAAAGAAAUUGUUUUAUUUCAGAUUUCUGAUCCUUUUUUUUUUUUUUUUUUGUCUAAAAUUGCAUUGUUUUGAAAUUUAUGUAUGUAUAUAUUUUUGACUCAAAAUUUCAAGUAAUAAAUCAUGUCGCUUGAGUUAGAUCUUUGCCAUGGACAAAAUGUGAUUCUGGAUGUGUCUUUGGUAUAUUAUAAGUUUAGUUUUUGUGUGUGGGUGUCCCGUCUCGGCAACUGAGGAUUCCAUUUUCAUAACAAUGAUGUACUAAAAAUCAGUAAUACUUGAGUUAUCAUUUUCACUGCAUUUAGGUUUGUGGUUGGUUGCAAAUUAAAAAAAAAUCUAAAAAAAACAAACAUUAGUUUUCACUAUAAUCCAUAAGCUGCUUCCUAAUAUCCUUUUGUGACAAAGCUGCCAAAAAACACUUUGUACCUGCGAAUUCUCUAAAAGACAUCACUGUCGUUGGUCUUUUAAAGUUACUCUGUGGUAUUUCUGAGCACUGGUGGCGCUGUUGAGCACAUGCUCGAGAUCAAACUCCGUGUAUCAUUCGUUUUUCAAAAUCAAAUGGGAAAAAAAAAAAACGGAUUAUGACUCUGUUUUUCUUUUUUCAGAUUCCCAAUAUUGUGCUCAAAUGAAAAAGGAAAGAGAAAAAAAAAUGGAUAACGAGCGUUUCCAGUUUUGAUUUUUACAUGUAACGCAAAUUACGUGACCUGAAGGGUGCAUAACCCGGUAGUGACCUGUGACAGUGGAGCUUCACACGGGACAACGAUCAUAAAAGUGUCUGCAAAUCAAAAAAAAAAAAAAAAUUCCAUUUUUAUGCUGUAACGUUUACAGAAAAUUUGACGACACUAGACUGUGUUAUGGUGAAGUUAUUGAAUAUUUUCUAAAUAUCUUUUUUCCCGUGUUGCACUUUGUAGACGGUCCCUGUGCCCCUGAGUCACUGAUGACUGCACGUAGAGAUCAACGUAGUUUCUCCAGCUCUUUUUAGUGAGAACAAUGCUGUAGCUUGUUGUCCACGUUUCUACGAUUCGAAAUAUGUCUCGCAUGUGUUUCAACAAUGUUUCCUUGAAAUGUAAUUGAUCGCGGAAUUUCAAAUUUGUGAAUAUCUUUCCAACUUGCACGUCAGAUGGAAAAAUCUAAAUUGAACGAAACGGGAAACACUCGUUAUCCGUUUUUUUCAUUUUAUUUUGAAAAUCAAAUACAGUUCGUUAUCUGUUUUUUUUCCCUAUAUUUCCUUUCCUUUUUAAAUGAACCAAUAAAAAUAAAACACUGAAAAUGUUAUAAGACGUUUGAAUUUUGAACAUUUCUACCCAUGAAUUUGCAAAAGAAAAUUGCCGGCCGUUAACUUUUGAUUUACAGUGUUGUAUUUCUACCACGAUAUACUUCCCCGCACUUGUGUAUACACUCGUGCUCAUUUAUGGAAAAAGAAACCAAACAAAACCCCGGUUUAUUUAGCGUUUCAGGAGAAAACAUUUGAAUGAAUAAGUCUAAGCUCUUUCAUUUUGUGCUGCGUUACCUGUGUUUGUGAAGUGAGUGCACUAAGUCAAGUCUCUUAUUCAAGCGUUCUCAGCACCCAGCGGUUUUGUUGCCCAACUGGUAGGUGUCGACGACUCUUGAGAAACCUUUCAAGCAUCCGUCGUACAGCUUGAUAAAGAACAAACCUGACCCCUCCCCCCCCACGUCACCUCCCUGCACAGUUCUAUAUAUUUUGUCAGAGAAAUUAUAUAAAUAAAUCCAGACCUAGACUUAAUCCACUAUUUAUUUUUCUUUUAAAAACAAAAAUAGUCGUAGAUACUCAUUAAAAAGAAAAUCCAGCCCGUCGCCAUCUUUGAAAAACAUUAACAAAAAAAGGAAGAGAUAAAAGCCCCUAAGUAUCUAUUGUUUGACUUUUUUAUGAACUGAAAUACCUCAUAACAUUUAUAGGAAGCAUUUUUUUUUCUCUUUGGUUUUCUGGUGCGAUGUAGAUCCAAACUCAGGUUCACUUUAGUUCCUCUGGUCCUAAACUAGAACCUGCGAUGUGAACACUGGUCUGUUAGGGAUGGGAUGGCUCUGUGUACUUGUGUACAGUGUUUGACUGAGAAGGCUAAUAAUCCCAUUUUAGGAACACUAUUGGCCAAGAAUCAUAAAGCGAUCGACUUAAAAAAAUGCUCGUGUGUGUAGUUGUGUGUUUAGGUCUUUCGGGGGGAAACGUGCGGGGAAAAUAGUCGUGACUAAAAUGAUCGUAUAGUCAUAUGCACUGAUCGUCUGUAUAAUCAGCUUUUUUUUUUCCUUCCAGAAUUGUUAUUGUAGAAAAAAAAAGAUGAUAAAGCUAUUUACAGAGUGACCAUUGGUCGCCUGUAUAUUCUUGUACAGAGUACUACCUGGCUUCAAUUUUAAGAGAUUUAAAAAAAAUAAAUAAAUAAAUAAAAAAAAUAAACGCUUGCGUCCUGUUGGUGUACCUCGGUCGUUGGUAUUUACUGUGUAACCCCGAGCAGUGGCAGUUCAUUUGUCUCCUUGCUGGGUGAACCUGAGCCUCACUUUGCUGAUGUUUCUCAGCUCAUAAAUAAGCUCACCGAUUUGCCUUACCCGAUCUCAUGUUGCCCCCCCCCCCCACACCCCUUAAAGUACUUGUACAAGAGAACACUAUGCGUAAUGGUGCGGACAUUACACUCGAUGUUAGGUACGAGCUACUAACAACUUCGUUCCUGGUCGUAACAUGGUACAACCUUUUUUUUUUUUUUUUUUUUUUAAAUCCCUCACAUCUCCCGCUCCCUCCAUGUUUCCUGUUCUUGAAAAAGCUUAUUUAACCCCCCCCUGUCCCCGUCCCUCCCCCACUGCAGAUGACGUCACGUACAGUGCACCCACUCGUCCACACGUCUGCUCUAUUUAUAAUUACGUUCGAGAAUAGCUUUAGAGUGCUGUAGAUAAGUAAUUGUCGGUGUUGAUUCAAAUGCUUCAGAGGCCUCCUGUGAGGGGUUCGACAAAAGUACAUGAACUGUAUAUUUUGUAUUAUGUUCUCGUUCACAAGGAACGGCAAAACGAAAAAAAAGAAAGAAAGAAAGAGUAACUGUUUAAAAAAAGCUUUGUUCCCCUGAACUAAAUUGUACUAUUUGUGUUGUUGAUUGAACAAAUUGCAUUCCUUGCUUGUGAAUUGAUGCAUUUCUCUCUCUCUCUCUCUCCGUACAUUUUCUCCCCUUCUUUCCUUCCUUUCUUUCUUUCAUUUUUUUUAGCCUUUGAAGUUUGAAUAAAAUUUCUAGUUUGCAGAAUGUAUUACUAAAUAAAUGGGUUGUCAUCUUGUA